AUGGCUAUAACUAGAGGCUUAGAGAUUGUUCGAAAUUUGCAAAUUUCGAAGCUAGAAGUUCAGAUGGAUAACUUGGCCUGUGUUCAAGUGUUGCAUAAACAAGAAGUUCAAAGAGGGGAGAACAUCCAUGACAUCAUCUAUUGUCGUAAUAUGCUUAAUGAUUCGAGGUGGGAGGUAAAUGUGGCACAUGUGUAUCGCGAAGGGAAUCGAGCGGCGGAUUGGUUUGCCAACCGCGAAAUCAUUCAAGACUCUCAACUUGUUUUCUUUAAUAACAUUCCGAUAGAACUUAGUCGUAUUUUAGAGGAGGAUACUAGGGGUGUGGCGUUGCCAUGCUUUGUCCCUCCGUAG